UCGGCCUAGAUAUCAACCGGAACAAGCUGCUCAUAUAAGUCGACAAGAGUUGGAGUCUUGUGAGCAGUACACCGUAUCUGCUGGGGCUGUUCCUAAACCGCAAACAUCUUUAACGGCAAACUCGUUGCUAGCAUGAUCCGCACAGUUGUAGACAAAAUCGCCAUCCCCUCACCACCGGAAUGUACCAGUAAAGCCGAACGACGAUUGGCGACCGAAGACUUGCUCCCCGUCGUUCCCCACAAGCGACAAUGGACCAGUUUCUCCUAUGUCAACUUCUGGAUCGCCGACAGCUUCAAUGUGAACACUUUCUCGAUUGCCGCAACCGGUCUUGCUAGUGGAUUAUCAUGGUGGCAGACCUUGAUAUCCGUCGUCCUGGGCUACUCGCUAGCCGCUCCGUUCCUGGUCGCAAAUGGUCGCCAGGGAGCCUUUUUCCACAUCCGUUUCCCUGCCGUCGCUCGAUCAUCAUUCGGUAUCUGGGGAUCCUACUGGCUGGUCUUCAACCGGACGGUCAUGUCGAUGAUCUGGUUCGGUGUUCAAGCCUGGAUCGGGGGUCAAUGCGUGUCCGUCUUCCUUUCCGCCAUCUUCCCCUCUUACAAGAGGAUCCCCAACGGGAUCCCCGACUCUGGAACGACAACCCAGGCUUUCUUGGGUUUCUUCAUCUACUGGUUGUUGUCGCUACCGACCGUUUGGCCUCCCAUCGAGAAGGCUCGUCACCUCUUCACCGCUAAAGCCAUCAUUGCGCCUAUCGGUGGUUUCACCUAUCUCAUCUGGGCAUUGGUGCGAAGCAAAGGGUUGGGACCUCUUGUACAUGAGGCGCCCAAGCUCCGAGGGACUGCGGCUGUGUUUCCUUUAGUUCAGGCUAUGAUGAGCUGUAUGAGUAAUAUGGCAACCCUUGUUACAAACAACCCAGAUAUCGCGGCCAACGCUCGAAGGCCUUCCGACGCGAUGCUGCCUCAACUCAUCACUCUCCCGCUCGGCUUCACCAUCACCUCGCUCAUGGGAAUUCUUAUCGCCUCGUCUAGUCAAGUGGUCUACGGGGAGGUUAUCUGGGACCCUAUCGAGCACCUCGCCCGUUUCCUCGAUGGCAGCCCGAGCCAUGCCGAGCGAUUUGGUGUAGCCGUCAUCGCCAUCUGUUUCGUCUACGUUCAGUUGAUCCUGAACUUGUCGGCCAACUCGAUCGGAGCGGGGUGUGAUAUGACCGCAUUGUUCCCCAAAUACAUCAACAUCCGUAGGGGUUCUUUCAUCUGCGUCAUCUCUUGUCUCGCCUGGGGACCUUGGCGAUUGAUGUCAUCGAGCAACGCCUUUACUUCGUAUCUCGGAGCUUACUCGGUCUUUCUGAGUUCGUUCUGCGGAGUCAUGCUUUGCGACUACUACCUCAUCAGGAAAGGGCGCUACCGAAUCACCGACCUGUACACCAACGCUCCUCAGGGAUGGUAUUACUAUGCCAAGGGGUUCAACAUCAGGGCUUUUAUCGCUUAUCUCAUUGGUAUCGCUCCUAACAUGCCAGGAUUCAUCAAUGCCGUCGUGACUGCCGGUGGCGAUCCCGCUCCCAUCUCCGAAGUCGCCACCAAGAUUUACGCCUUCAGCUGGUUCACCGGAGUAGCCGUGUCAAUGGCCGUCUACUACCUGCUCAACCUCUUCUGGCCCGCCGCUGGGAACCGGACCAAGGAGCGGUUCCACGAGAUCGACGAGUCCGAGUAUGAAGAGUACGGUCUGGCCAACUCUCCCAAGUGGACUUUCAACCCGAGUCAUGUGGACGAAAGGAAUGGCUACGACGCCGAGUUGGAGGACAGCAAGAAGGUUGUUGGAGGCGAGACGACGGCCAAGGUGGUGGAUGUGCCCGAGUUGCUCGCUUGAGACAAGGCGUACCGUU